GCCACGUGACUCGGCGGCCAAGUUCACUCCCGAGUUUGACAAGUUUGAAUCGGACUCGGGGGCUUUCUGCAGCCGGAGGGGCAGCGCAGCGGCCGCGGCCUCGGUGAGCGCGAACAGCAGCGCCCCCGCGACUCACCUCGCCAGCCUGGAUCCCCGGCCGCCGCCGGCCGCUAGCGCUCCCCCACUGCUCGCGUCCCUCGCCGCGGGUCAGCAGCCCCUAGCCCCGCCGCGGACCCCACAGCUUCCACGCAAGGGAGUCGAGCGCCCGCGCCGCCCUCCGGCCACGCUGCGCAAGCAUGUCCUCGACCGAGAGCUCGAGUCACCCCGCGGACAAGUCGCCGCGCCGGCAGCAGGUGGACCAACUGCUCGUGGGGCUGCGCUGGCGGCGGCUGGAGGAGCCGCUGGGCUUCAUCAAAGUUCUCCAGUGGCUCUUUGCCGUUUUCGCCUUCGGGUGCUGCGGUUCCUACAGCGGGGAGACAGGAGCAACGGUUCGCUGCAACAACGAGCCCAAGGACGUGAGCUCCAUCAUCGUCUUAUUCGGCUAUCCCUUCAGGUUGAACCGGGUCCAGUAUGAGAUGCCCCUCUGUGACGAUGAGUCCACCUCCAAGACCAUGAACCUCAUAGGGGACUUCUCCGCCCCCGCCGAGUUCUUCGUGACCCUGGGCAUAUUUUCCUUCUUCUACACCAUGGCUGCACUAGUCUUCUACCUGCGAUUCCACAGCCUCUACACGGAGAACAGGCGCUUCCCCCUGGUGGACUUCUGUGUGACUAUCUCCUUCACCUUCUUCUGGCUGGUAGCUGCAGCUGCCUGGGGCAAGGGCCUGACCGACGUCAAGGGGGCCACACAGCCAUCCAGCCUGACUGCAGCCAUGUCCGUGUGCCAUGGAGACGAAGCAGUGUGCAGUGCCGGGGCCACACCCUCCAUGGGACUGGCCAACCUCUCUGUGCUCUUCGGCUUUAUCAACUUCUUCCUGUGGGCCGGGAACUGUUGGUUUGUGUUCAAAGAGACCCCAUGGCAUGGGCAGGGGAAGGGCCAGGACCAAGACCAGGGCCCCAGCCAGGAGAGCACAGCUGAGCAGGGAGCCGUGGAGAAGCAGUAAGCAGCCCCAACCUGGCUACUCCUGAACAGAACAGCACCUUUUCAACCAUCUCCGGCUUCCAGGACCUCCCCCUUCUUCCUCUUCCAACUUCCCUCCCCAUUAUCCUGGGUUUUAAGCUUUGAGACAUCGAUGGAUGGGCAGGCAUCAGCUGUCGGAAACCUGGGCAGCCCUCCCAGUGGCUUCAUAUCCCUCCCCUUGCUGGAGUCCCGGAUGGCAGGAGCUCAGUGCUUCUGGUCUACUGCCUGGACCCAGGCAUCUUACUUGGUUGUAUGGACCCUCACAGCCUCUGCUGCAGGUGAGGGUUGGGUGCAGAAGACCAGAGCCCUGGGACUGGUUCCUAGCAGCCACUUCUAUCAUUCUGUCCAGCUUCAAUAAAAGUUGGGGGUAGGGAAAAUUGGCUGGCAGCCUUCUCCCUGGUCCCUUGCAGGGAGGGCCCACCAGUGGUUUAGUGACUCUUCCUCAGUGACUGCCAUCUGUGUCUGCACUGAUCCCCAGACAGGCUGAGCUCAGUAUGCUUCCCACUCUUCUGGCCUCUUCCUGCCCAAAGAGCCUACCACGUGUGAACCUGGGAGGCCCACCAGCCUGGAAAACAGCCUUCAGAGAGGCGUCUUGAUGAGGCUUAGACUCAGUGGAAAGCAGAUCAAUUGCGACCGAGCUGAAACUUCAAGAAACUAAAGUCAGGAAACUUGCUGGGAAUCUGUUUCUGCUAUUUCCUCAGUCCCCUCGCUCCUCCAGGCUGGGGCACUUUCCACCAACACUCUGAACUCGCACUGGCCCUGGAAACGCCUUACCUUCCUUGCCAAACUCCUUCUUGGGCUCGGUCUCACACUUAGGACACAAGAGGGGUCUAGGAGCAUUCCCCAUCUCAGUCCUUCUCCUCUCUAACCGCUCUGCCCAUCUCCCUUCCCUAGCCUCUUGGGUCCGAGGCAUUCGAGAGCCUUUCCCAAGUCUGUCCAGGCCUUUCUUUCAUUCCCAUGGGGCCAGACAGGGGCUUUCGAAGGGCCCAAAGGGCCAUCCUGAAGCUAAGUUACCCCAAAGCCCCAAGACAUGGAUGGGCCCGUUUCUUCCUGCUCUCUCCCUUUCCCUCCCUGCCACCUGCUCCUUCUCUGGCCCCUUUCAUACUCCCCCCUCUCACCUCUGCCAAAGAACAUGCCCUCUCCCUUUGCUCUCCAUUCCUCCCUUGCUCCUCAUUUGUCCCUCAUUCCUCCUCUGUCCCAUUCCCUCCCCCCACCUCGCCAGUCCAGGGCAGGCCGAUGCUAUUGGUGCUUCUUCACUUCGGGACCCAGUUCCAAAUUUGUCUUCGGUGUAUCUCCUCCUCCUGACACCUCCUUUAGUCUCUCUCUGGAUCCCAGGGUCUAAGAGUCAGUGCUCACUGGGUGAGGGCUAUUUGUCUCCUAUUCAGCCGAAAACACUUCAGUCCGCCCUGGUCAUAGGGCUGCCCAGGGAAGGAUGAAGAAGGUAGAAUCCAGCCAUUUUCCAAUCCGGUGCCAAUUAGCUCACUUAUCAUCCCAGAGGUGAAUGUGCCCUUUACCAAAUCUCUCCUCAGGACUGAGUCAACCCCUCCAACCUCCUCACUUCCCUGAACACCAUUCGUAGUGACAUGCGCACUGGUCAGGGACCCAGGAGUCAAGACUUUUGCCCUUGGGCCAAUCAUUUCUUCUUCGGGUCAGAGUUUCCCACCAUAACAGGGGAAGCGUGAGAUUUACAUCCUUAAAUGCUCUGGGUCCUUCAGUGAAA